CGGCUAUUAAACAAACAGUGCUGUCCCAGCACUAUUUGAGUGGAACAAUUUCACCCUUCCCACUUCACAACCGGGGGUGUGGUAGAGGAGAGAGCGUCCGCCUCCGACGAUGGAGGAUGACGGCGACGCAGGCGAGAAAGCUGAUAUCCUUAUGGACCACGACUACGCUUCGGCUUCAGAUACUGCGGUUCCCUUAUCGACCCUUGAUGACAGCAUGUCUCUCAGAGAUGAGAUUCUCAAGCUGAGGGAACACGUCGAGAAGCUUACAAUGAAUCAGCGCUUUGGAAUUCAUCGUUUUGCUGCCUCAGACAAGGACAUACAUUUUUUCACAAGAUUUGCAUCCUAUGACCUGCUGAUGAGAUUCUGGGCCUUAAUAGAGCCAUCACUGCCAUAUAUGGUCAGUGUGACACAAGCACAGAGAGGCACCUUUACAGAGCCAAGUUCCACUGUAACUCAUUUCCUGCAGCCCAUUGAUGAGGUGUUCAUGUUUCUCAACUACAGUACCUGGCACUGGGUUCAAAACAGCGUAAUCUUGCUGACCGGUAUGGAGUCCACAGUCAGUCGGAUCAUUUCAACGUGGAACAACUUUCUGUACACUGUGCUAGAGUCUGUGAGAAUCUGGAUACCAGAGGAGAAAAUAAGGGCACAUCUGCCAUCUGAGUUUAAGGAUUAUGCAGACACUACAGUCAUCCUGGACUGCACAGAGCUAAGUUGCCAGUGCCCUUCAUCACCUCUUCUUCAAAGUUAAAUGUUCCCAGCAUACAAGUGCCACUGUACUCUCAAAGGGCUGCUUGGAGUGGCUACUCAUGGGGCGGUCACAUUUAUUUCUCAACAAAUGUAUUUUCUCAAAUUCCAUCAGUGACAAACAGAUCACGCAAGAGUUUUGAAUUCUCUCCCUUUUGA